GCGUCUUGCUGUGUGAGUGUGAGGGGGAGUGGGAGUGGGAGUGCCUUGUUGUACUUCGGCUGUCACUUGAUUGCUUUAGAAAGCUCGCUCGACGUCGUAAAGGGGCCGUGCCUGUCUGCCAGGUGGACACUAACCUCCCCACAACCAGCCUCCCGCACACACACAGCGCUCCAGCAGCAGGGAUAGGAGGGUUGACCAGGCAGCCAGGAGGGCUCACAGCGUUGGAUCGGUGCUGCAAACCGCACGUUUGCUCUCACUAUCCAAACUGGAUUUCCUUUUAACCUGACGGCGUUAUUUUAUGCUGCAGAACCGGGGACGUAUCUUCUCACAGUAAAGCCAAGGGGUCAAAGGAUGGAGUCAAUACCUGCGGGAAGAGACUCCAGCUCCUCGCCCUCAUCCAAACAGGAGCUGUCCUACCCUAGCUCCAACCACCUCAAGCCCAACCAGGUCAGCGAGACGGUGCUGUACGGAAUACCCAUCGUGUCGCUGGUGAUCGACGGCCAGGAGAGACUGUGUCUGGCGCAGAUCUCCAACACGCUGUUGAAAAACUACAGCUACAACGAGAUCCACAAUCGCCGCGUGGCCCUGGGCAUCACCUGCGUGCAGUGCACCCCGGUCCAGCUGGAGAUCCUGCGGCGCGCUGGGGCCAUGCCCAUCUCCUCCCGGCGCUGCGGGAUGAUCACCAAGCGCGAGGCCGAGAGACUCUGCAAGUCCUUUUUAGGGGCUCACUCGCCCCCCAAACUACCCGAGAAUUUUGCGUUCGACGUGUCCCACGAGUGCGCGUGGGGCAGCCGGGGAAGCUUCAUCCCGGCGAGGUACAACAGCUCCAGAGCCAAGUGCAUCAAGUGUUCGUAUUGCAAUAUGUAUUUCUCCCCAAACAAAUUCAUUUUCCAUUCGCACCGCACGCCCGAGUCAAAGUACACGCAACCCGACGCAGCCAACUUCAACUCCUGGAGGCGACACCUCAAAUUAACCGACAAGAAUUCCGCAGACGAGGUUGCCCAUGCGUGGGAAGACGUUAAGGCCAUGUUUAACGGGGGCAGCCGCAAAAGAACCCUGCCCAUGUCCGGCCCAGAACCCGGUUCGUCGCUAAAAUCCCACGGACCGCGUCUUUCUUCGAGCUCACCCGAGAUCCCUCCAAAGAUCCUGCGCUCCGAUGACACCCGGGGCGGCAUGAACAUAACAACCGCGCGCAGCUACCCCGUGAUCCCGGUGCCCAGUAAGGGCUUCGGGAUGCUUCAGAAGAUCCCGCCACCCAUCUUCCCACACCCGUAUGGAUUCCCAGCCUUCGGCCUGUGUCAAAAGAAAGAGGACAGCCUACUGGGAGAGCAGGCCAAGCACAACCUAUCAGGCGUCCUUUGGCCCGGCACCAAGGAGAGCGCCUACCAUCCCUUCCCCAUGUUCUGGCCCACCGCGGGGAGCCUCCCCUUGCCGCCUUACCACCAGUCACCACACAAACCGCCCUCAGAACUUGUGUGCCCCCCUAGACCCAGUGACAUGGACUUAUCCGAGCACAGUGACCGAAGCACCAACACGUCGAAGGACAGCCUGAUCGACAGCGAGCGGUGCUCCAGCACGCAGUCCGCUCGUAACGACGAGGACAAGUCCGGAGACGAGGCGCGCACCAUGGACGGGAUGACCCUGGUGCCGAGGAAGAUCAACUACGUCUCUGCGUUCAGACCCGUCAUCAAAGACCCUGAAAGCAUUGCGAAACUCUACGGAACGAGGGAAAGCUAUAACAGUUCGCGUAAGGGAUACCUGUCGCCAGAUUUUCUUAGCGAGAGCUCCAGCUACCGGUCCGCGUCUCCCUGCGUCGACAGCGACGGCGAGCCAGACGUGGACGUCGAGACGAAUAAUAAGUCACCGGAGGACGAAGACUCGCGGGGGGCGUCCUCCCUGUGUCUGCGCGCCCUGCCCGGCCAGAGCCUGGCGCACGGCCUGGCGCACGGCCUGGCGCACGGCCUCCUGACGAGCGACGCGGAGCCCAAAGCGGCCCCCCGCGGGGACACCCAGAGGAUGAGUGGACACGUUGCGCAGUCGUCGGAGAAAGAUGUCCAGAGCAAACCGUUACCAGAGAACCACGUAGCCACAUCUUACGCCGAGGUUUAUACUCCUGAGAGGGAGGAGGUAGGCCUACAAGGAAACAGCCCGUAUCACUUCAGACCUGCCAGCUAUCAGAGAGGACUUCUCACAUCAAACGACGAAGGCUCCAGUAAAGAAGAGCCAUCUUCCACCGUGGAGGAGGUGGAAUCCAAGUCCUUCAGUGAACCAACCAGCGAGGAAUCAGACGAGGGGAAAGAGGCCACCGCCAGGGCUCCCUCCGCACAGAAGGACCAGGAAACACAGGCAAAAGAAGAACUUCAGAAACAACUUAUGGAGCAAGUUGAGCUGAGGAAGAAGCUUGAGCGGGAGUUUCAACAUCUUAAAGAUAAUUUCCAAGAUCAGAUGAAAAGGGAGCUAUCCUACAGAGAGGAGAUGGUGCAACAGCUGCAUAUCGUCAGAGAAGCUCACGACGCAUUACAUCAUUUCUCCUGCAAGAUGUUAACUCCACGUCACUGCGCGGGUACUUGUUCCUUCAAAUCACCCCUGUUGCCCCCGUGAACCCGGCAGUAGAACACCAAAUAGAAAAUAUUGAAACAAUGGACCUACAUUCUGUGUUGAAAAAAUCAAGAAACAUUGGGAGGGAAAACAAGCUUGACAGAAGCCCUCUGUUGUGACUGUUUGUGUUGUAACUGAUUGGAGCAUAUUGGAUUGUGUAAUGUAUCGGUCAGAACCCUCCCCUUCAUGAGGUAUUAUUUUGUUGUAAUUGAAUACACCAUUUGUUGAUUAUAUUUAUUUUGAGGCAAAGUGCAAUGACAUUAUAUGUAACCAGUCAUGAUGAUGAUGAUGAUGAUGAUGAUUAUUAUUAUUAUUAUUAUAGAGGUAUAGAAUGUAGAGCCUAUCAAGUAUUGUGAAUUCUCCUCUUACUUUUGUUGUCCUUUUCAUCUUUAUAAUACACAUAUUUUGAAUGUUAUGCACUUUAAACGAGUGAUGAAAAUAAUGAUAACCUACGUUUGUAAAUAAGCGUACAUAUGUGAUGAACAUAAAUUUUUACAACGCGUGAAAAAGGGUUUGCUCUUAUAUUGUAAACACCAAAUUGUCUAAAUGAUCUGCUAAUUGCGAUGAUCACCAACUGAUUCUUCCUAAAGUAGCCCUUUGGUUCGUAUAGAUAUGUUUUGACAACUAAUGAAAUUUUGAUUUUAAUAAAACAAAUCUAUAUGUUA